AUGCCAAAGCAUAAGCAGUCAGGGCAUGGUGCGCGACACAAGGCAUAUGCCUUGCCGUCCAGUCAGAUGAAGAAAGACCUUGGUGUGCCUAAGAUCAAGCCAUCGAAGCAGGUAGCGGGGAAUUCGACGGCUCGAAGCGCAGCACUCCCCUCGAUGGUUGACUUUUCCGAGCAUUACGAAGCUGGCCCAUCGCACCAUGCUUCCACAUCAUCUCGCGAUUCAUCCGCGAAAGCCUUCAUGAGAGAGCUGAGAAAAGUCAUCGAGAAGAGCGAUGUGAUCAUCCAAGUAUUAGACGCUCGUGACCCUGAAGGAACGAGAAGUCGAUGGGUAGAGGACGAAGUGAGAAAACAUGAAGGACAAGGAAAGAAGCUUCUCGGCGUCAUCAACAAGAUCGAUCUCGUUCCUCGAGCCAAUCUCGAAGCUUGGAUCAAGUACCUUCGACACUCAUUCCCCACAAUGCCAUUCAAGUCGUCUACUCAAUCUCAACGCCAUCAUCUAUCUCAAAACUCCGUUCCCGUUGCGUCCGCCUCAGAGUUACCGACGACCGCCUCCUCCCUCGGUGCUCCUGCUCUCCUCCAUCUGCUCAAGCAAUAUGCUCUCUCUACACCCCAUUCAGCCCUUACUGUAGGCGUCGUAGGAUACCCCAAUGUAGGAAAAUCAUCCUUGAUCAACUCUCUCAAGCGAAGUCGUGCAUGUGCCGUCGCUGCCAUGCCAGGAAAAACUAGAGUAGUUCAGGAAGUCGUCUUGGACAAAGGCGUCAAGAUCAUAGACUGCCCAGGUGUCGUCUUGGAAGAUGUAGGCAGAGAAGGAGUUGACGAAGAGAGCAAAUCAAGGAGAGCAGAAGUCAUGCUGAGAAACUGCAUCAAGCCGGAAUCAGUCGACGAUCCCAUUUCCCCUGUCGAGGUCAUUCUGGCAAAGACACAACCGGAGCAGAUCUGUAAACUGUACAACAUUCCACCUUAUGACGAUGUUCGAGACUUUUUGAUCAAAAUAGCACUGACAAGGGGUCGACUGGGCAAGGGUGGUAUACCAGACCUUGAAGGAUCCGCCGUUUCAGUUCUCCGAGAUUGGAACAGUGGCAAGAUAGCUUACUACACCAAACCUCCUGCGGUGCAUCCUUCCUCUGCACCACAACAACACGGCGACAUCGCCAUGGACGGAGACCAAGUUGGGGAUGCAAAGAUCCUCACAACGCUCAGUGAGGCUUUCACCCUCGAAGGGCUCCUGGACCAGGCAGGUGAUGAGGCGGCGUGGGAAGGACACGAGGAGCCCACGAUGGCGGUCGAGAGCGACACGCUUCCCACACCGAGUACCCAGCCUAUCCCAUACGUUCCGCCGAGGUUAGACUCAGACUCUGAAUCCGACGACGACGCCGACGUUGACGCCGACGUGUCCAUGUCGCCUGAUCUUGUCCAUCGACAAGGCGCUCCUAUCGCCUCAAAAAUGUUCACAGCGGAGGAGCUGGCCAUGCUUCCGCCCUCGAUUCUCGAUCGUCAAAAAUCCAAAUCUCAAGCUAAGAAAGCCAAAAAGCGACUGGCGGCUGCUGAAAGGACAGAGGGAGAGCUCAUGGUCGGGUUCAUGGAUAUGGGGAUCGAGCGACAAGCUAUCGAUGUGCCAUCACUGCCUUCAAAGAAGCAGAAAAUGCGAGCCAAAAAGGCCAAAGCGCAAGCUGAGAGACUGAGACAAUUGCCGAGUGAUCGAGAGGCCGACGAGGCGGCGAGGAAAGAGCAGGACUUUGCAAAAUUUCUGAGCACCGUAGGGGAUGUCGAUGUGGAUGAGGAAUUGUAG